GAUCGUCGUAUUUUGAUUUGAGUGAUUACCAAUUUUAUUUUGUUCGGUAAAGAAUCAAUUUUCACCCCAGUUUUAAUACUAUCACAUUAAAUUAUCCAUGAAGUUAUUGGUGUGCAUACUUAUCGCAUCAAACAUGUUCGUAAUGUGAUAUCGGAAGGCAACCUGCUGUGUACUCUUCAAUUCUGACCAUGAAAUCUAGUAAACGAAGACUGCAAGCACUAACCGAAGGAACAGAUGGAAACCUGCCCAGUUAUCUCAAAAUGGAAGACUCUGAAACAUCUAUUCCGCCAGUAUUUAGGUCUCGACUGCAUGAGCUAUUUUCUCAGAUAGAAAAAGAGUUCGAUCUUUUGUAUACGGAGAACUUAAAUCUACAAGAGAAGAUAGAUAUAUUAAGUGAAAAGCUGGAGAGAGAGAGUUAUCUGGGGGACAAGCAGAAUCCAGAUUACAUUGAAUUUGAAGCUGCGGGGAAAACUUCAAAAACCAAAUUAUCCCAAAGCAACUCGCAGAAAGUGAAAGCGAGCCACAAGCUGCGAGUGCAGACCAGCAAGAUUGUGUCCAGCUUCAAAGCACCCACUUACAACUGUCAGCUGGUCCGGGAGUUCACCGGACACAAGGAUGGCAUCUGGGACGUGUCCUCGGCUAGGCCGGGACAGGCGCUUAUUGGGACAGCUUCAGCUGAUCACACGGCAUGCGUAUGGAGCGUGGAAUGGGGCAAGUGCCUGCUCCAAUACACGGGGCACGCGGGCUCCGUGAACUCGCUCCGGUUCCACCCCAGCCGCGACAUCGCGCUCACCAGCAGCGGAGACAACACCGCGCACGUGUGGCAGGCCGCCGUCAACUGGGACCUACCGCGCGGCCAAUCCUCCGAAGAAGAAUUGGAAGGCGGCGGCGAAGAAAGCCUCGGGGAAGGCAGCGACCGUCCCGAAGUACUGCGCACCCCGCUGACCGAGCUGAUUGGACACUCCGGGGUCGUGGUGGCCGCUGAUUGGCUGACGGGCGGCGACCACGUGAUCACCGCCUCGUGGGACCGCACCGCCAACCUGUACGACGUCGAGACGGGCGACUGUCUGCAGAUACUCAUGGGACACGACCACGAACUAACUCAUGCGUCAGCCCACCACAGCUCCCGGCUCGUAGUGACAGCCUCUCGGGACACCACGUUCCGGCUGUGGGACUUCCGCGAGCCCAUACACUCCGUGUCCGUCUUCCAGGGGCACACCGAGAGCGUUACUUCUGCGGUGUUCACUCGUGAAGAUAAAGUUGUAUCCGGCUCUGAUGAUCGUUCAGUGAAGGUGUGGGACGUCCGCAACAUGCGCAGCGCCUUAGCCACGAUCCGUUCCGACUCGUCCGUGAACCGAGUCGGCGUCAGCAGCACCGGGCUCAUCGCCAUCCCGCACGACAACCGGCAAGUGCGGCUGGUCGACCUGCAGGGGCAGCGGCUAGCUCGCCUGCCGCGCUCUAGCCGACAGGGCCACCGCCGCAUGGUGACGUCGGUGGCGUGGGCGGAAGACAUAUCGCCGAACAUCAACUUCUUCAGCUGCGGGUUCGACCGCCGCAUCCUCGGCUGGUCCAUCCAGCCCUCCAAAGAUAAUUAGUUUACUUUUAACACUGUUUUACAAAGGUUUUAACUACACGCACACCGCUAUGAACACUAUAGAUUACGUGUAUUUUACAGCGAAUUGUC